AAUGGAGGGAGAAAUUAAUCCCACUUUUGAUGAUGAACAACUUGACUCAUUUCAUGUUGAAGAGACUAAUAAGAUAGAGAAUAAUAGCUUGGAAGCUCUAGAUUCUAAGAAAGAACUUGAUAAAGAAAUUAAUCGGGAACCAUUAAAAUUAUGCAAAUUCUUAAUGAAUCAACCAAAGUUAACUUUUGGAAUUACCCUUUGCUCUCAUAUUUGCUUAACAGUAGUCACUGUUGGUCUAUUCUUAGGAGGAAUUGAUAUAUUUCCAAUUGUAUUUGAUAGAAUUCCAUUGGACUUUCCAAAAGAUGACCAUUUUUUAAGAACAAUGGCUUGGAGUCAAAGAAAUGAACCUGAUUAUAUGAUAACAAGAGGAAGGGACAAAAAUGCUAAACAAGUUCAACAAACUAUAUUUUAUAAUGCAAUAGAACUGAAUUUUGUCGGAGUUUCCAGAGAUAAAAAUGUCCUUACAAAGAAAAUUUACUAG